UAUGGCUCUGCUGUGUUUUCCCUGCCCCAAAGGAGCGCUAUUGAAUUCCAGCAGCGCAUGACCCUGCAGGGAGUUGGUGGGCGACAGCUGCAUCCACAAAGGGCAUCCCACGCCAGGACAAGACUUUCAUGAAAACAAAGGCGAUUAAAGCCGUGGCUGUCCCCACUGCAGGUGACUUACCCACCCCCUGGCCCAUGCAGCACCCAGGGGAUGGGGCAAGCACCCAGCUUGCACCUUCCACCCUCCCUAAAACAAGAAUUAAAGCCACAUUUCCCAGCUAAGCAAAUGCAGCCCUUCAGGAAGGGAAAUAAAACCUAACCGAGCCUGGCGCUGGCACGGCCCCAGCUCGGCUCCUGUGUCACACUGAAUAUUUUACAGCGUGGGUUUAUGGGUGGUUGGUCACAUCAGUGUCUCUUUGUGCUGAGGGGGAAAAAAAAAACACACCCCCGAGGUUCUUAUAAAAGCAACCCCCCCCUCCCCUCGUGGGUGUCUUGGGGUGCUUUUCCCCCUGCACUGAUUCAUGCUCCAUCACUGGGAAGCACGGGCGGGCAUUGCUCACACCCAGCCCGGAGGCUGAAAGCCUGGAGGUGGGAUUAAGCCAGGCUUUGGUUGAUCUCCUCCCAGCAGCCAGGCUUUAUAAAUCCCCUCGUGCCACCCGUCACAGCACCCAAGGGUGCCCCAGGGCCCUGCCAGCAUGGCGCAGCAGCGCCGUGUCCAGCUUUCCACUCAGCGUCCCACCAGCACCGUCUGCGUGCUGGGCACCGAGCUCUCCCUGGAUGUCUGCGGAUCCGCACCCAAAGACGCCGUCACCUUCCACGUGCAGGGAACACCAGGAGUGAAGGUCUAUGUGGUGCAUGAUACACAGAGCGUCAAGAUGCCCUCCAGCGUGAGCCGCUGGCCCUUGGCUGCCGGUGCCGAGGUGCUGCUGUCCAUGGAUGCUCUCAGCAAGGACGUGGGUGAUGAAAAGGUCAGGAUUUCCUAUUUCGGGGAGGCCGGCGGGGUGCCCGUGGGCAGAGCCAUGCUGUACCUCACCUGCGUGGAGGUCUCGCUGGAUGCUGACACCACCCGUGGUGGUACGGUGAGCAGGACGUUGCUGGAUAAGACAACAUGGACGUGGGGUCCUGAUGGACACGGGGCCAUCCUGCUGGUGAACUGCGACCGAGAUGAUCCCACAGCCAAGAUGCUGGAUAACAGCGACACCGCCAUCCGCUCUUACGACGACCUGAAGGACAUGUCACAGAUGGUGCUGCGCACCCGAGGGCCCCGCACCAUCUUCACCGGCCACCGCCUCGUCCUCCACGUGGACUACAGCGAUGCUGAUAAAGUCGGUGUUUUCUACGGUGGCAGGGUUGUACCCACAGAUAGUGUUGCACUGGAGGAGUACAAGCACGUCCUGGGGGGCUCAAAGCUCGCCUACACCAUCAAACCCAGCCGGCAUCAAGAGGAGAGCAUCUUCUACGUGGAGGGACUCGCCUUCCCUGAUGUUGGCUUUUCAGGGCUGGUGGCUUUCCAUGUCACACUGCUGGAGAGCCCGGAGAAGGGGCUGCUGGAGACUCCCAUUUUCACGGACACCGUGGUAUUCCGCAUGGCUCCGUGGAUCAUGACCCCCAACACUGCAGCACCGCUGGAGGUCUUUGUCUGCAGUGUGGACAACAAUGAGGAUUUCGUGGCGGCUGUGGGUGCUGUGGCCGAGAAAGCCAAGUGCCCGCUCACCGUGUGCCCGCCGCUGGAGAACCGCCAGGACCGCUGGAUCCAGGAUGAAGUUGAAUUUGGCUACGUGCAAGCUCCCCACAAGACCUUCCCUGUCGUCUUUGACUCACCCCGUGACCGGGGGCUGAAGGAUUUCCCUGUCAAGAGCAUCCUGGGCCCUGAUUUUGGUUACGUGGCCCGGCAAGCACCGGAGGGUUCUUCCAGCCUGGAUUCCUUUGGGAAUUUGGAGGUGAGCCCACCCGUGACAGUGCAGGGCAAGGAGUACCCCUUGGGCCGCAUCCUGAUUGGCAGCAGCUUCCCCAGAUUCGGUGGCAGGAGGAUGGCAAAGGCUGUCAAGGACUUCCUCGCUGCGCAGAAGGUGCAGGCGCCGGUGGAGCUGUUCUCGGACUGGCUCGCUGUUGGCCAUGUGGAUGAGUUCCUCAGCUUCAUCCCUGCGCCCGAUCGGAAGGGUUUUCGGCUGCUCCUGGCCAGCCCCAGUGCCUGCUACCAGCUCCUCAAGGAGAAGCAAGAGGAGGGCUUCGGCGAGGCAGCGAUGUUCCAUGGGCUGGAAGGGGUGCCCAGGACAACCAUAACCGAGAUCCUGGCUGAUGAAGGGCUCCGGAAAUUCAAUAGUUACGUGCAGAGCUGCAUCAACUGGAACAGGGACAUCCUGAAGCGGUCUCUGGGUCUAUCUGAGCCGGACAUCCUCGACAUUCCCCAGCUCUUCCGAGGUGACACUGCCCAUGGCGCUGAAGCUUUCUUCCCAGACAUGGUGAACAUGCUGGUGCUGGGCAGGCACUUGGGCAUCCCCAAGCCCUUUGGACCACAGGUGGGUGGGCAGUGCUGCCUGGAGGAGCGGGUGCGGGCGCUGCUGGAGCCCCUGGGCCUCACCUGCACCUUCAUCGAUGACUACUUCUCCUACCAUGUCUUCUCUGGGGAGGUCCAUUGCGGCACCAACGCCCGCCGUAAGCCCUUUGCCUUCAAAUGGUGGCACAUGGUGCCUUGAGGUGGCUUCAGCCCCCGCAUCCCCGUCCCCAUCCCACAAGUGCCUUCAGCGGUGGUGGCCGUCGGCCUGUCCAAAAUAAAGCAGGGCUGCAGGUUU